AUGCCUCUCACACGGCCGCACUCCCCAAAUGUAUUGAUGCCCAACUUGCCUACAGCUAGGACUGGCGGCCAGGUCUCGGCAACCCUAGGUGGCAUUGUUGAUGGCGGCAAGUCCGGUGCUGCACACAAAGGCAAUUUGCGCUACCCCUCAAUGACUAGAUACAAUGAUAGAACACACCAACAUGCGCGACAACCAGCGCAACAAUUUGGACAACAUGUACCACCCGGACAACAUGUACCACCCGGACAACAUGUACCACCCGGACAACAUGUACCACCCGGACAACGUGCCCAACCAUUUGCACUGCAACCGGCCGGACAACUUGGACACUAUGUGCAGUCGGAGCACAACCGGAUCAAGUCGGCCUCGAUGCUAGUUGGGCGAGGUGUGCAGCUUCCGCACCACUGUGCGUCCGUGCCGCUACCGACCAGGCUGCCGUUUCCCGAAGAGUGUCUUUUGCUUUCGGACAAUCAAGUGCCAGGUCGGAAGGCGGCGCCGGAUCAACGACGGAGGCCCGCCGCCGACAUGGAUCACGAGUCACACUUGCCCACUGGUAUGCUCUCGAAACGAAACGUCUCGGACGGAAAGCUCAAGGGCGGUCGAGCCGUCACCGGACGACGGGAAUUUGCGGCUGGCAGACACUGGGGCGAGACCGACCCGGCCCAGCUGGACUCUCUGUUUGCCCUUACUGGACACUGCCUUGAAACCGGUCAGUGCUCUGAAACCGGCCACUGCUUUGAAACCGGUCACCGGCACGGAAGUUACUCCAGUGGCAGUAAAUGCCUGGCCACCGACACGCCGGCGGAGAUCUCUGGUAGCGAACGAGAAAGCAGCCAGAUGGUCGGUUACACGGGGGACCACAUGCCCGGUCAGAUAGGAGGGGCCCACAUGCCUGGUCAGAUAGGGGGGGUCAUGAUGCACGGCCAGCUUGGGGUGCGACAACGGAUAGGCCGAGAGCUGCGUGCUGGCGGAUAUCUCAGCUCCACCUUCGCAACUCACUACCGCGGCACAGCCUCGCCAAUAACUGAGAAAGUGCACGCGUCCAAAGACGACCUUUGCUGGGCCGGACGUGGUCUUGUUUUCGAAAGCGAUCGGAAACGGAGUCUCCUCGAUUCCACGCCCCGAACCAGUCGCUCCUCCUCCCGAGACAGUGGCACCAUCAUUCCUGGAACAGGCGACAACAACGCAGGCCACAACAAGGAACUGGACAAAUGUUCCGCUGCUCAAUGUUCCGCCACCAACUGUUCCGCCACCAACUGCUCGGCGGACGGGUCGACGGGCGACAAGCACCCUGACCGGGGGCAGCAGGCUCAUAGCUGCGGGACGACCACAGGGUGGAGCGAGAGUCGACGUCGCGAAGAGUCAAGCAGCCUUUCAGCGGCCAGUCGUUCGGGCUGGCGUCCGGUAUUGCGGGGCGCGGAAGAGCACCAAACGCUCACGUCCGAAGGCACCGAGAGCAAGACGCCACAACCCGCGACCGUCUUCGGUCCAUCUUUCUCGCCCACAAUGGCGCGACUGCUCACAGUGAAAGAAGUCGACCUGCCCGAGACUCAGCGCACAAACUUCGGACUCAACUACGGUCCGAAGCCCCGCUACGGCCCCAGUCCCGGCUACGGCGUCGGCGGCCGGCCCGGCCCCGCCGGUCGUUCAGACGGCAGUCGUCCUGGAGGCAGCGGCCGACCGAACGCGCGGACCGGUGGCAGCCGGCACCGGGCCCACUAUUGCGACGAGAGCAGCGCGACUCAGCAGUCGUUGGUCCGAGAGAUCUUUACGGCUCGGUGGUCACCAGAGUCUGCACCGGAACCGCAACCUCCUCUCGAGACUCAGCCAUCUUGGGGGCUGCACCCGGGGGCCAUGAACCAGGCCCCCCUGGGCCCGGGGGCGCAGCCCCCGUGGCCGGGGCCUUCCAGGACGCCACAGGUGCCGGCGAGAGCCACACCAACACCGACUUGUGAAUGGAAGUCGGGUCGUCGAUCAUCUACGAGUCACGUGUCUCCUCCGUCGAGUGUGGCGGCGGGUUAUCUGGCUCCGCGACGUCGUUGUAGUGCGGGCCGUGUUGCUGUAAUGAUGGGUAUCGCGACGGGUACGGCGGCCUUUGUAGAAAACGUGUACCGUCGUUGCGGCAACGAACUGGAGGCCUUGCUGCCCGUGCCAGGUCGACUUGCGCACUUGUUUGCAUAUCCCGGAGGCACCUCUUACGCUCCUCCUCUUGCCCUGGCAGCCAAAGUCAGUUCCGCUGAACUGGUGCGGACACUCCUCCAUCUGGAUGCAGACCAAGCCACCUGCACCGAUCAAGCUGGCCAUACUCUCCUCCACCAACUCUUCCUCCCCCUUCCGGACGACCUGCCCCAAUUGGCCGACACACAGCUAGCCCAGACUACUCACCAUCUUGCACCGACGGCAGGGGGCGACCCACCCUGCCAUGGGGGUGACCCACCCUGCCAUGGGGGUGACCCACCCCGCCAUGGGGGUGACCCACCCCGCCAUGGGGGUGACCCACCCCGCCACGGGGGUGACCCACCCCGUCAUGGGGGUGACCCACCCCGUCAUGGGGGUGAGCCACUCCGUCAUGGGGGUGACCCACCCCGCCACGGGGGUGACCCACCCCGCCAUGGGGGUGACCCACCCCGCCACGGGGGUGACCCACCCCGCCAUGGGGGUGAGCCACUCCGUCAUGAGGGUGAGCCACCUACUCGGACAAGCAGUCGCUCGGAAGAAAGCCCUACGAACGGGACGUUACGCGGUUCAAUUUUAACCCCGCGGAUACACGCCCCUUCCGUCAGCCCACCGCAACCCGGUCCGACCAAGUGCCAGAUUCUCGAACCUGCCCAACCUGGCUGGGCCGGCAGUCUCGAUAACAAGGCUAAUAUCGUCGAACUCCUCAUCUCUGCCGGCGUUGACCCGGAGACUAAGGACCGUUUCGGUAAACUUGCCUCCGACUACGCCAAGGAAUGGCUCUGGCAGGCUCAAAGCGAACUCCACGACAGCAGUCUGGCGAACAGCCGACCCAGUGGGGAAGGAAACCGCCCUAUUGGGGAAGGAAACCGCCCUAUUGGGGAAGGAAACCGCCCCAGUGGGGAAGGAAACCGCCCUAGUGGGGAAGGGAAUCGCCCUAGUGGGGAGAGCAAUCGCCCUAGUGGGGAGAGGAAUCACCACGGUUCAGGUUCUAGUAACGAUGGGCGGAGGUUAAGCGCGUGUGCCGUGCGUGCGGCAUGUCUCACACUUUUGACUCUGGAGGACUAUAUGCGACUUGCUUAUCUCGCACCCUUGACGACUGCCUACUCCGUGAAACGCUAUCUGAAGCCGCAGCUGACCUGUUCGAUCAAUGGGCGUAUUGUUAAUCAGGUCCUCGUGCGCUCUUUCUCCGAUGCUGGUUUGAGGAAUCUUGCCCGCGGUAAAGGGCGACGGCGCAUAGCCCCGUCAAAGAACCUACCACCCGAUCUACCCACGACGGUUCGACCCGGGUUGCCCCAGGCACAGACGAGCGGCACACUGGAGGCAUUCUUAAACUUUUCCAAAGAGCACCGAUCGCACCCAGCACACCUCCGCGUCCUGGAAUUUUUGGGAGCUGCUUUCGACGAGCCCCCAAAUGAACCAGUCGGCCCGGGUCCGCAGUUUUGUUAG